CUUAUCUUCGUUAGGCGUUAAUCUGCCUGAUCCCUCUUUAAAUGGUUGUGAAAAAGGAAUGUAUUUCCAUAUUUUAGCGGUAAUUAAAUUAUUUAUCAACUGCAAUAAUAUAUCCCUUGAUUCGUAGUUGAGAUUGGUUUAUAUAAGUCAUGAACAAAUUUAGAUCUGCAAAAAUCUUAGAAAUAAUUUUGCUUCUUCGACGGAUUGGCACGAGUAACGGAUUAUGACGAAAGAUUUUUUUAUAUUUCAAUUGUUCCCGUCCAACAGUCCUGAAGCGCUAUGCUCAAAAUUUGGCAGCCAGCCAAAAAACUGUAGCAUAACGUCAAGCCGAUCAAUGAAAUUGUGAAUUUCUGGCUGAAUGUUGGAAUGAGUUACUCGGUGAAUGACGUUCCACUGGAGAAUCAUUUAAUACAAAAAAAAAAAAUGUCUCAUCGUGAAUUAAAGGAAUGCGUUAUGAAUGGAAAGAAAACAAAUGGAGUUGUGCCUAAACAGUGGCGUAAAAAUUUGUACGAAACCCGUGGGCUACCGGAUAAUUACACGGACAGUUCGUUCCUGGAAGAAUUGCGUAAAAAUAUAAACCCUAGUAAUAUUACAACCAUUGAGGCUAUAUCGUUCGCAGCGAGUGUAUCCGUCCAGUUGAACAUAGUAAUUUUAUUUGUAAUAGUUUUCGUUUGGUUGGACAACGAGUGGAUAGCGCCUAAUGCCAUCUUUGUGUUCAGUGGUAUUCUCACAUUAGCUGGGUAUUUUAUUCAUACUUUCAAGAAGUCCAACAUGCUGGAAAAGCUGUCCAAAGACCUUAGAACAGUCUUGAUUUUUCUUGCCUUUGGCUACAUCUUAUCACCGAUAUUAAAAACUCUGACUGCAACCGUCAGUACGGACACAAUAUAUGCGAUGGCAAUAUUUAUGUUUUUGAUACACCUUAUAUUCAGCAAGUAUGGCUCCCCACAAGUCUCUUUAUCCGAUUCCCUCUCUAUAACUUCUUCAAUUUUUGGCUCGCUCAUGCUAGCAUCGAGACUCGUUUCGCCUUUGCACGCCUUCUCGCUGCUCACCACAGCUGUUCUUUGCUUUGUUCUUUUGCCAUUUGUCAUGUUUCGAAUCGAUGGCAAAGUAUGUAUCACAAUCGCCCUUUCUGCUAUCACGACUUAUCUACUUUACCUUAUAUCUUCAACAAUUUCAUGCGUAUUUGUCGGAGUUACCAUAUUUCUACAACUGGUUUGUCCACUUUGCUAUAUCAGGUGGCAAACGUGUAAGGAAAAUAUUUACGGCCCGUGGGACGAGGCUGUAAUCGUAUCUUGAAAAUAUCUACUGCAUUUAGGAAAUUAUUUAUUAUUAUGCGAAGAACACAUUUUUACAACAGAUAAUAUUUAUUAGAUCAAGGAAUUGAGUUUGAGAUAGAAUUGCAACUGUUAAUGAAUUCAAUACUGUCGAAAAUGGUUGGGGGGUAGUAAAAUAAAGUAUUUAUGGAUGGCUGCUGUAGUUUUGUAUAAUAUUUUCUUCUGGUAAAUAAUGCUAUCGAAAAAUUUGUAUAAAGUGAUGUGACAAUUUUUAAUUAGCAUAGAAAUGAAACGACACCAAAGUAAUUUUUUAUUAAUUUAUAAUAAAUCAAUUGUUAUCAAAACAGGUAUAUUGUUAUACUUGUACAGAAAUCUUGGGCACUGCGUGUCUGCUUAUACGAGUAUUAGGUAUUAUUAUAAAUUCUAAUUCGAAUUGAACGAUUAUCCCAAAAUUAAACCUUAGGAAACUUAAUUUAGGGUUAAAAUUUGUUGAAUAAUAUCGUCAAUACCAGAAUACACAUAUUUUGCGUUUUCAUUUGCAACCAGAAUGUUCAUUGCGUUUUAUUUU